GCGAGACGCUGGUUACAAGGCACGGGGGCUGCAGCAAAACCGGCGUAGAAAAUUAAUUUUGGCUCCGGAUCUGUGACGUUUCAGCAGCAUGUGAGCUCGUGACACCGUAAGGAACAAGGCGUCCCCGUGCAGCCGUGAUGGACACCGACGACGAACACGAGCGGUUGGAGAUCGUGGAGGACAUGCUGGAAUCUUCGGACGACGUGCUGGAGGAGAGCGACCAGGCCAUGGAGGAGUCCGCCGCGCUGGCUGACGACGACAGUCCGCGCACGCCCGGCAGGGCGGGCCCCGAGCCGGAGGACGGCCAGAUGCCGAUGGACGCGGACGCGGCGCAGCCGACGGCAGCCGAUGAGGCCGCCGCUCCCUCUUCAGGGGAUGAGGCCGCCGCUCGAAGUUCGGAAGAUGAGGGCACCGCUGCAAGGUUGGGGCGUGGAGACGCCGUUCGAACGUCAGAAGACGAGGGCGCCGCUCAAAGGCCAGGAGGCAAGAGCCCUGUUCGGGCGUCAGAAGACGAGGGUGCCGCUCGGACGUCCGGAGGCGAGGGUGCCGCUCGAACGUCCGGAGACGAAGGUGCCGCUCGAACGUCAGGAGACGAGGACGCUGCUCGGACGUCGGGAGACGAGGGCGCCGCUCGGACGUCCAGAGACGAGGGCGCCGUUCGGACGUCAGGAGAGGAGGGCGCCGGUGGGACAUCAGGAGACGAGGGCGCCGUUCGGACGUCAGGAGACGAGGGCGCCGUACCGACCUCCGGGGACGAGGGUGCCGCCGUGACCUCAGGAGACGAGGCCGGCGCCCGGACGGCGAAGGGCGAGAGCGACCCGCGGCCGGCCGCGGACGAGGGUGCCGGCCGGGCGCCGCCGGCCAGCGUCGGACCGGACCAGGACGGACUCUCCGACGUGGGGGCCGACUCGGAGGUGGCCAACCUGGAGGAGGGCGAGCUGGAGGACGGCGAGCUCGAGGACGACGGCGAGGAGCCGGAGGCCAAGGCACCUGACGACGGCGAGAAGGAUGCGUCGCCAGCGGCGCCGGCCUCCAGCCAGGAGAAGCCGCGCAAGGCGUCCCUGCUCAGGCCCGAGUGGGAGGAGGCACGGCAAAAGCGGAAGGCGGCGGCGGCCGCACGGCACGGCGAUGAAUACAAGCCGCCUUACCCGCGCCAGGGCUCCAUGCUGGUGCCAGAGUACGACGACAUCGACGAGGAGAUGGGCCACCAGCAUUUCAAGCGGCGACGCAUGGACCGACCCAUGUACAAGUCACCCGCCAUUUGCAGCUACUACAUGCAGGGCAAAUGCCAGAAGGGGAGAAUGUGCUCUUUCUCGCACAAUGCGAUUCCGCCAAGGAAGAUGGAGCUGUGCAAAUUUUAUCUCAUGAAUUGCUGUGCCAAAAAAGAAAAGUGCCUGUACUUACACAAAGGGUUUCCUUGCAAAUUCUUUCAAACGGGCGCCAAGUGUUUUGUGGAUGAGAAGUGCAAAUUCAGUCAUGAGCCCCUUAAUGAUACCACCAGGUCUAUCUUGCUAAAGCAUCUGGAGACGGCGCCUAAGGAGAUCCUGGGCGACUUCCCUCGCAUGACGCGUCCCGACGCGUUGCAAGUCAUCGAACAGGCUAUCAGCAAGCGCGAGAAGAACGAGGAACCCAGCUUUACCUUCCCCAACAUGGAGCAGACCAGAUCCGCACACAUGGUGAAGAGUUCUUUCGACCCUCGCAACCUGGAGAACGACCGCAGCGUGAGGCCCGGCCCGGAGCGGCAUGACUGGUCCGGUCCGGAACGGCACGAGUGGGGCGUUCCGGAGUGCUCGGAACGCCACGAGCGCUCCGGUCCGGACCGUCCGGAACGGCAUGAGCGUUCCGGUUCGGACCGGUCGGAACGGAAUGAGCGCUCCGGUCCGGAUCGGCCUGAACGGAGUGAGUGGUCUGGCCCGGACCGAUUGGACCGGCCGGACCGAGGGGACCGGGCGGACCGAGGGGACCGGCCGGACAGGCCGGAGCGGCACGACCGGUCGGACUGGGAAGGUGGCGAGCGAUCAGACAAGUCUAGCCGUCGACGCGACUCGUCCGUCAGAGAGGAGGAGCGCCGCCAACGUCGCGAGCGGCGUGCGCAAGAGAAGCGCGAGCGCGAAGAGCGCCGCCAGCACCGACACCGUGCGCCGCCGGGCGCGCCAGACCCGUCCACGGCGCAUUCGCCGCCGGCGAUGUCGAAUCCCAGCGGCGGCCUGUCGCCGCGUGACGCUGAGCCGCCCAACAUGGUCUAUAUCAACAGCUUGCCGGCCAGCCAGCGCCAGCUCUACCUGCGCAUACACCAGCACCAGAAGGAGCUCGUGCCCAGAGAGAACACGCCACAGCCAGCCGGUGACGACGACGACAGGGCUGCCGACGACAACUGGUACUCGAGCGACGACGACGACGCCCCUCCACUCACGGACGUCCUGAAGAAGAUGUCAUCGGAGCCAAGCAAACCUGGUGACUCGGAAGGCUCCGCUACCGUUAUGAACCCAGCCGACGCCAUCAACCAGUUGCUGACGACCAUUCGGAAAAGCACGAAAGACCACGAAAUUCGAUCGCCGGACGCCACGCUGUCGAGCCAUGAGCGCGGCGCGCGACCGCGACGCCCCUCCUGGGAGGAGGCCAGGGACGAGCGGGCUGGCGGCGCGCACAGCCGCCGCGGCUACGGCGGCCAUGACAUGGAUGAGCGCGCGCCGCGGCCGGGCGAGCGGCGCGGCUCGUGGCGCGACUGCCGCGCCAGUUCCGCUGAGCGCCAGGAGUGGGCGGACGCUGGUGGCCGCAGCCCGCGACAGACACGCGACGUGGACCCGCGCGCCGCCCGCCACGAGCCCAGGGAUGGCGACGAGGCCAGGGGCGCGCGCGACCACGACAUGCGCUACCCGAGGGUGCUGAGGGACGUGCACGCACGCGACGCCAGGGUCGGUGACAGUGACAUGCGCGACCCGCGUGCCGCGAGAGACGUGGAUGCGCGAGACCUACGUGCUGCGCGAGAUGUAGACGGGAGAGAUCCACGUGCCGCACGAGAUGUGGAUGCGAGAGAUCCGCGAGCUACGCGAGACGUUGACUCAAGGGAUCUACGAGCUACGCGAGACGUUGACUCGAGGGAUCUGCGUGCUGCACGGGAUGUGGAUGCGCGAGACCCUCGCGCUGCGCGAGACUUGGACUCGAGAGAUCCGCGUGCUGCGCGAGACGUGGACGCUAGGGAUCCGCGGUCCCGCGGGGCAGACCCCCGUCACUCGCCGCGAGACCCAGGCCCAAGUCAGGACGUGGACCUGCGCCAUCCGCCAGCCGACGCCGCCUGGCCAGCGCCCGACACGGACUUGCGCUCGCGCGACGUGGACCUGCGCAUGCCGGACCGCGACAUGCGCGCUGUGCCGCCGCGCUCCGCCUGGGACAUGGGCAGCAUGGACUUUGACAAGGACGUCGGUGAUUUGCCGCUGCCGUUCAAGCCGGUGGACUUCAAGCCGUGCGUGGAGAUCGACGCGUCGGUGAACUCGCACCCACCCAUGGACUGGGUGGUGGUGCACGUGACCGUGGACAAGCUCGACUACUCGCUGCAGCGUUUCCGGCUGGCGGAGCCGAUCGCGCGCGUCGACCCGCGCUUGAAGGCGGCGCGCCGGCGCAGCUCGCAGGAGGAGAAGCCACCGGCGGCGCGCGUCAUCCCCACCGAGCCCAACCGCGAGUAUGAGCAGCUGCUGAGCCAGACUGGGGACGACCCGCGGUACCGGGAGCCGCGGCCGGACCCGCGGCCA